UAUUUUUCCCCUAUAGGGAGGAAAGAGGUCGUGUGAUUGACACCGCACUCCCUCCAAUGUCCUGACAUGUAGGAGGGGAAUAGCGGAUGAUGAUGAUGGACGGGGCACAGUUGCCAAUGAACGAGGCCGUUUAGCUGAUAGGCGGGCCUUCACUGACCCACUGAAGGCGAGGUAAGGAUAGGUAGGGUGCGAGGUUUUAAUGAGCCUCCUUUGGGCCGUCAUCAAGUGUCAUGUCGGAUGCGCUGUGAUUGCGAGAGGGCAAAACAAAAUGGCGGCUGCUUGAAUGGCGAGAGCGGCGGCAGAAGAAGCGGAGCGUCGUGAAGAGAGAAGUUCGCUGUCGAAGGCGCCAGCAGGGGGCGCAGCUGCGGCAUCACCUGGCGGUGGCUCCUCCUCCUCGUCUCUUUUUGCCGCUCUCAUCCUCAUCCUCCCAGUGGCGGGGGCGUGUCGUGACCGCCACCCGCUGGUUAGGUGAGUCGCGGCAAAAGGAGGACCUCCCUGCCCGUACUUCCAACUCUUGGAGCAGGGUAGUACCGGGGGAAGAACCAGUGCAGAGCGCUUGGCGCUAAGAGAGGCAACCUGGUGUGUUUCAAGUUAAUUAAUUGUAUAAAUGUAAGAGAUGUUUGCCUUUUGCGGUCAUUGGCCCGAUAAAGGCUCUGGAAGGAGGAGCUCAAUUGGAUGGAAUCGGGGUGUGUGUGAACAGAGGGGGAGUCUCUGUUGGCUUAAUUUUUCAAAAUGAAAGCUGAAAGUUCAAGAAGAGAGCUUGGAGUAUUCCUGAGGGGGCCUGGACCCCUUAGCACUCAUACGGCAAACCUGGUUCUCUUCCCUCACCAUCAAACCAUAUCAGGCUUUUGUGACAACUUGGAAGAAAGAAAGAUCCAUCAGAUUAUAGAGAUGUCUUCUAUUUGGUACAGUAGAACAGUUCUAACUUGCCAUGUUCAUUAAGGAUUUUAAAGAAAUCAUCCCUGUUUUUUAUGAUAUCCUAAGGAUGGAUUCUUGAAUUGGUGUUACAGUUCAUGAAGAGGCCUGUUCUUCCUGCAUUCUUGGAAUGCUCAGUAAUAGGAUUAGAGAGGAACUCUAUGGGUAACUCUUGUUCUCGAGAAAUUAUUGGUCAACCAUGGUAAAACUUGCCAACCCACUUUACACGGAGUGGAUUCUUGAAGCUAUACAAAAAGUGAAAAGGCAAAAGCAGAGACCAUCUGAAGAGAGAAUUUGUCAUGCUGUGUGCGCAUCCCAUGGAUUAGAUAAGAAGACUGUUUCAGAACAGCUGGAGCUAAGUGUCCAAGAUGGCUCUGUUCUCAAAGUUACCAACAAAGGCCUUGCUUCCUACAAGGACCCAGAUAAUCCGGGGCGUUUCUCAUCUGUUAAAUUGGGCGAGCUUCCUAAGCCUGCCAAAGGAUCUAGGGGAACUUGUAAUGAGCUUCGGAAUGUGGAUUGGAAUAAACUUCUGCGGAGAGGAAUUGAAGGGCUUCAGGAACCAAAUGGCUCUUCCCUCAGAAACAUAGAAAAAUACCUGAGAAGUCAACAUGAUCUUGCAGGUAUUUUCAACAACCCUGUGUUUCAACGGAGAUUACGGUUGGGGGCCAAACGUGCUGUAAAUAAUGGGAGAUUAUUGAAAGAAGGACCUCAGUAUAGGGUGAACUAUGGUAGCCUGGAAGGCAAAGGAACAUCUCAAUACAGUUCGUUUCCAAUGUCUCUCCCACCUGUCAGUCUUUUGCCUCAUGAAAAAGACCAGCCACGAGCGGAUCCCAUUCCAAUAUGCAGCUUCUGUUUGGGGACAAAGGAAUCAAACCGUGAGAAAAAGCCAGAAGAACUCCUUUCCUGUGCUGAUUGUGGCAGUAGUGGACAUCCAUCCUGUUUGAAAUUUUGUCUGGAGUUGACGACAAAUGUGAAAGCCUUAAGGUGGCAGUGUAUUGAAUGCAAGACAUGCAGUGCCUGUAGAAUCCAAGGCAAAAAUGCAGAUAAUAUGCUUUUCUGUGAUUCUUGCGAUAGAGGUUUCCACAUGGAGUGCUGUGACCCGCCUCUCUCCCGAAUGCCAAAAGGGAUGUGGAUUUGCCAGGUCUGCAGACCAAAGAAAAAAGGAAGAAAGUUACUUCAUGAGAGAGCAUCACAGAUAAGACGGCGAUACACAAAACCUAUUGGACGACCAAAAAAUAAACUAAAGCAACGAAUGUUGUCUGUAACCAGCGAUGAAGGAUCCAUGAAUGCAUUCACAGGAAGGGGGUCACCUGGUAGGGGUCAAAAGACUAAAGUCUGUACCACACCUUCAUCUGGUCAUGCUGCAUCUGUGAAGGAUUCAAGCAGCAGAUUGGCUGUUACAGACCCCACCUGGCCUGGUGCCACCGCCACCAAAAUCACCACCACCACCUUCACCUACAUACCUGCCUCUACACUUAACGUUAACAAGAAAACCAAAGGGCUUAUUGAUGGCCUUACUAAGUUUUUUACACCGUCACCCGAUGGUCGCAGAUCACGAGGUGAAAUAAUAGACUUUUCAAAGCAUUGUCGUCCAAGGAAAAUGGCCUCUCAGAAACAAUCAUGUACUUCUCAUGUGUUGGCUACAGGUACCACACAAAAGCUAAAACCUUCUUCACUUCCACCCCCAACCCCCAUCUCUGGUCAGAGCCCCAGUUCACAAAAAUCCAGCACUUCCAUCUCUUCUAACUCUCCCCAAAGCUCCUCCAGUCAGUCAAGUGCACCCUCCUUUAGCAGCCUUCCUAAUAACAGUCAGCUAAAGGGACUCUUUGAUGGACUUUCUCAUAUUUAUUCCACUCAGGGACACUCUCGAAAAAAGGGGCACCCAAGUUAUGCACCGCCCAAGCGUUUGCGUCGUAAAGCAGCAUUCUCUUCCACAUCCAAGUCUAAAACUACUUUCUAUGGAAAGAAAGAGAUUAGAAGUAGGUUUAUGUCUCAUGCCUCUGCCUCUGGAUGGGGUAUGUGUAGAGGACGUGCUUUUAAAGCAGUUGCUCACUUCAAGCAAACAACUUUCCUUAAAAAGCGCAGGAUUCUAGGCAGAUUAAAGUAUAAAGUGACCCCUCAAAUGGGGACCCCCUCACCAGGGAAGGGGAGCUUGGCAGACGGAAGGAUUAAACCUGAUCAGGAUGAUGGUACAGAAAUCAAAAUAAGCAUCAAACAAGAAAACUCAGAUCUGUUUCUGGUGGGAAGCAAGGAUAUUGUUACAGAAGAAGAUUUGGAAAUGUUUAAGCAAGCCCAGGAACUUGCAAUGGAGAAGAUCGGUUGUAAAAAUGGUGGAGAAACAAAUGGACGGUAUCCUUCAGUGAUAGAAUUUGGGAAAUAUGAGAUCCAAACAUGGUACUCCUCGCCUUACCCACAAGAAUAUGCAAGACUAUCAAAGCUUUUCCUGUGUGAAUUCUGUCUUAAAUAUAUGAAAAGUAAAAAUAUUUUGCUAAGGCAUGCAAAGAAGUGUGGUUGGUUUCAUCCUCCAGCCAAUGAAAUUUACAGGAGGAAGGACCUUUCAGUGUUUGAGGUUGAUGGGAAUGUGAGCAAAAUUUAUUGCCAAAAUCUUUGCUUGUUAGCAAAGCUCUUUCUGGACCACAAAACGUUAUAUUAUGAUGUUGAACCAUUCCUUUUCUAUGUUCUCACAAAGAAUGAUGAGAAAGGAUGCCACUUAGUUGGAUACUUCUCUAAGGAAAAGCUGUGCCAGCAAAAGUACAAUGUCUCUUGCAUAAUGAUCAUGCCCCAGUACCAAAGGCAAGGAUUUGGAAGGUUUCUCAUUGAUUUCAGUUACUUACUUUCUAGACGAGAGGGACAAGCAGGAUCACCUGAAAAGCCACUCUCUGAUCUGGGCCGUGUCUCCUACUUAGCCUAUUGGAAAAGUGUCGUAUUGGAAUAUCUUUAUUGCCAUCACGAGAGACAGAUCAGCAUCAAAGGAAUGAGCCGAGCAACUGGAAUGUGCCCCCAUGACAUUGCCACCACCCUGCAGCAGCACAGCAUGAUAGACAGAAGAGAAGAAAAAUUUAUAGUAAUUAGAAGGGAGAAACUGAUUUCAAGCCACAUGGAGAAACUGAAAACCAAUCCACGCAUCAAUGAAGUAGAUCCAGAAAGCUUGAGGUGGACCCCCCUUUUAGUUCCUAAUACAGCAGUUUCUGAGGAAGAAAGAGAAGCUGAAAAAGAGGCUGAGCGACUGAUGGAGCAGGCAAGCUGCUGGGAAAAAGAAGAACAAGGACUGUUUGCCGCAAAAGAUAAUAGGCAGUUGCCUGCAAAAGUGCAAUCUAAAAACAAGUAUCUGCGGCCUCCAGAGAGUGUAACAGGAGCAGCAGAACGAGGGCAGUCCACAGAUCCACCAAAAGAAAGCAGUGGGGAGGAAGAGGAGGACGAAGAAGAAGAGGAAGACGAGGAGGAUGUGGAUGGACAUCAGCAGAAUUCUCCUCCAAGGCUGGCAAAACCACCGUUGAUUGCUAUGAAGCGAAAGAGACCUUUCAUAUUGAAAAAGAAACGGGGUCGUAAACGCAGAAAGAUUAAUAGCAGUGUUACAACAGAGACCAUUUCAGAGACCACAGAAGUUCUCGAUGAGCCCUUCGAUAACUUGGAAGAAGAGCAUCCCAUGACGCAGCUGGAACCUACUUGUGAAAUAGAUGGGGAAGAUGAUGAAUUAAAGCCUGGUAUUGAAGAAGCGUUCCAGCGUCACUCUGAGGAGAAGGAAGAAAAAGAGGAAGAGGAGCAGGAGAAAGACAAUCAUUGUUACCAAAAUGAUACUCCAUGCAGAGUUAAUGCAGAAGAGGAUGUGGCCAUCCUGGAAGAUGAUGAUAAAGACAAUCCUGAACCUAUGAUAUGUAAACAAGGAUGGUCUAAAGGAAUGAAGCAGUGUCCAUCCAAAUGGAGACAAAACAAAGAGAGAAAACCAGGUUUUAAACUUAAUUUGUACACUCCGCCUGAGACUCCUAUGGAACCUGACUCUCAGGUGAUGGGAGAAGAAUCAAAAGAGAUGGUUGAGAAUGACCCAUGCCAGGCUUCUGCUGUUACAGAGGAGAUUAAAACCACUGAAACCAUUUUUCCACAUGAGGAUGAGGCAACAGAUUCAGUAUCUGAGUAUCUGGAGCUACCCAAAACAGAGAAAACAGAAAAUGAUUUAGCAGAAGUAGGAGAAAACAGCAUACUAGAAGAAGUGGAAAGUGCAAACCAUGUUAAGGACCAGCAAGAGGAAGCAGAAAUGGAGAAAGAUGAGCCUGAACCUUUAGAAGAGCAGGAGGAGGAGGAGGAGGAGGAGGAACAGUCUCACAAUGAGGAUCAUGAUGCUGAUGAUGAGGAUGAGAGCCACAUGGGUUCAACAGGAGUGGAAACUCAGGAGGCAGUGCCUGCAGAAGCUCUCAAGCAAGUACUGGAGAAUCAGGAGUCUUUUUUAGACCCAAAUGAACAGGAUGGAAAAUCAAAUCAGGAAGACUUAGUGGACUGUGUAGCUGACCUUGCAGCUGAGUGUGAUAAUGAGCAUAAAGAGCGUCCUGCUGUUUCAGAGCCUGUACCUGAGUCGGGUGAUGAAAAUACAGAAAAUCAAAAUCAAACUGACAGUAAUGAACUAAAUUCUGCAUUCAAGGACACAAAUGCUGAAACCUUGGAGAUAGACUCUGAGACAGUUCAGGCAGUAAAGUCUCUAACACAGGAAACGACGACAGAACAGGAAGAUGCAUUCCAGGAUUGUGUAGAGACUCAAGAGGCAUGUCGAAGCCUGCAGACUUAUACCAAUACUGACCAAAGCCCACAGAUGACCACAUUGGAUGACUGCCAGCAGUCUGAUCACAGUAGCCCUGUCUCAUCUGUCCAGUCUCAUCCCAGCCAGUCAGUUCGUUCUGUUAAUAGCCCAAAUGUGCCUCCAUUAGAAACCAGUUAUGCUCAAAUCAGCCCUGAUCAAAGUGCCAUCUCCGUGUCAUCUUUACAAAACAUGGAAACCAGUCCUAUGAUGGAUGUUCCUUCUGUUUCUGACCAUUCACAGCAGGUUGUUGAUAGUGGAUUUAGUGACCUGGGUAGCAUUGAGAGCACAACAGAGAACUAUGAAAACCCAAGCAGCUAUGAUUCCACCAUGGGCAACAGCAUAUGUGGAAACAACAACUCACAAAACAGCUGUUCGUAUAGCAAUCUGACAUCUAGUAACAUGACCCAGAGUAGUUGUGCAGUAACCCAGCAGAUGUCUAAUGUGAAUGGAAGCUGCAGCAUGAUGCAGAACACCAGCAUCAACUCACCUCCUCCUUGCAAUGUGAAAUCUCCUCAAGGCUGUGUUGUUGAAAGGCCUCCAAGCAGCAACCAGCAGCUUCCUCAAUGUAGUAUGGCUGCUAACUUCAGCCCACCUAUGCAGUUAAAUGAAAUCACAGAGACUGGCAAUGCCAACAUCGGCUUGUAUGAAAGAAUGGGUCAAAGUGAGUUUACAGCAGGGCAUUAUCCACAACCAUCUGCCACCUUCAGCCUUGCCAAACUGCAACAGUUAACGAACACACUUAUGGACCAUUCAUUGCCUUACAGCCAUUCAGCUGCUGUCACUUCCUAUGCAAAUAGUGCCUCUUUGUCUACUUCUCUUAGUAGCACAGGACUUGUUCAGCUCUCUCAGUCUCCUCAUCCAGUUCCAGGAGGCGGCCAAGUCCAGGCUACAAUGACUCCACCCCCUAAUCUCACUCCUCCUCCCAUGAAUUUGCCUCCUCCCCUUUUGCAGCGCAACAUGGCCACAUCCAAUAUUGGCCUAUCCCAUGCCCAAAGACUGCAAACACAGAUGCCUGGCAAAGGCCAUGUUUCAGUUAGAACUAAGUCAGCACCUUUGCCACCAGCUGCAACGGCUCACCAGCCACAGAUCUAUGGGCGAGCCUCACAGUCUGUGGCCAUGCAGGGGCCAGCACGCACCUUAACCAUGCAGCGUGGCAUGAACAUGAGUGUGAACUUGAUGCCAGCUCCAGCUUACAAUGUCAAUUCUGUAAACAUGAAUAUGAAUACCCUUAAUGCUAUGAAUGGAUAUAGUAUGUCCCAAACUAUGAUGAAUGGAGGCUAUCACACAAAUCAUGGUUAUAUGAAUCAAACAGCCCAGUACCCUAUGCAGAUGCAAAUGGGAAUGAUGGGAAGCCAGCCAUAUGCACAACAGUCAAUGCAGACUACCCCCCACAGCAACAUGAUGUAUACUCCACCAGCACAUCAUGGCUAUAUGAAUACUGGCAUGUCUAAACAGUCUUUGAAUAGCUCUUAUAUGCGUAGGUAGGAUUUUGGAGGGGGGGAGAGAAGGUUGACAUACCAAACUGGCAUGCCAGAAUUUGACCGGCACAAAAACAUGUCCUUUUGGAGAAUACGAUUUCAAAACCAGCAAUUGGUGUGAACGCAAAAACAUUUGUUGGCACCAUUUUUAAAAAAAACUGUAUGCAGCAGAAGGCCUUAUAUAAAUGUAUUCUCAUUUUAUUCUUAUUUGUUUUGUAAUUUUGCUUUGUUUGCAAUUUUUUGUGUAAUUGAAGUUCUGUGGCAACAAAGAACUUCCUCAUUGUACUGCAAAUACACAAAACAAGCUGAUGGUUCACAGCCAUUUUUUAUGUGCCUGUUCCCAUUUGAAAUGUGGAUCAUAGUUUUGGAGUAUAUUGGAUGUUGUGCUGGACUGUGAGCUUUCCUCCUGUUCUGUCCUUCCCUGCCCUAUCUUCUCCGCCAUGUAAAUGCCUUUUUGCAUUGCAUUCAUGGACUAUUUUGUUCCUCAAGGUGACAUUUUCGCAUGCCGCUAAUGUCUUUGUUAGUGACAGUGCGUUUUGUAGUACUGUACAAGUGUUGUGCUUAACAGUAAGCCAUUUCUUUAUUUGUGUUUCUUUUCUCCUUGAUUAGGUUACCCUAGUUUAAGGGGUUAAAAAUUAUAUUUUUGUUAAUUAUAUUUUUAAAAUCUUGUUUUUAAAAAGCUGUGAAAGUUAUUCCAAUGUUGAUUAGUUCAGACAUUUUGAGUGCAAUCCACUGGGAAAUUCCUGUGUGUUGCCUGUGCUCUUGGACAAAUAUGACAGAUUUCUGUGGGGCUGGCACAGACGAGUGUCCUGAUGGAUUGCACCCUCGAUUGGUAAAUAUUUGAUGUAAAAAUGAGCCCUCUUUCUGUCUGGUGACAGAUUUUUUUUCCCCUCCAAAGAAGGAAAAAAGGCAGCUUCCUGUUCCGUUUUUGUUUUGUUCUUUUAAAUGCAAACCUUAUUGAUUGACGCAUAUCAGUGUUUAUCAAGUUUUUGAAACAUUUUCAUGUAUGUCCAGAUACUUGGCAGGAUUUUAAAAAAAGUGAAUUUGGUGUAAAGUUGCUAUUUUAUGGAAAUGCCUCUAACUUUACAUUUUCAUUCCAUCUGUAGAUUUUUCUAUCUUUAUAAAAUAUUGGAGUUAUUUUUUAAGAAAAAUAAACAGAGCAGUAGUGUGUGAAUAGCUCAAAUGAAGCUUGAAGCAUGUAAAAAAAAACACAGAAGGUAUUUGUGUCUGUUUAUAUGGCUUCCUUUUUUUGUAGCCUUUGUACCUGUACAGAGUGACUGUAAGGGCCAAAAAGUGGCUUGAUUCAUGUAUAAAACUAGACCCAGUGACAUUCUCUUGUAUUUAUGUUACCUUUUUAGUCAGUCACUUAAAUAAAGCAAAGACAAGCUGUACAUUUUAACAUAAAAUAAAUUA